AUAAAAGACAGACAGGGCCUCCAGAGGAGCAGAGACAGUGGCACCAACUCCUGAGCUCCCCGCUUUCAUUCCGAAGCCAUUGACUCAACAUGAAGAUCUCCACAGCGCUUCUGUGCCUGCUGUUCAUGAUUGCCAGCAUCAGCCUACAGGUGUCGACUGCGCCAGAUGCAGUGUUCAUCCCGGUCACCUGCUGUUAUGAAAUGGCUACUAAGAAGAUCCAAAUGCGGAGGCUGAAGGGCUACAGGAGAAUCACCAGCACCCAGUGUCCCUGGGAAGCUGUGAUCUUCAGGACCAUACUGGAUAAGGAGAUCUGUGCUGACCCCAAGGAGAAGUGGGUUGAGAACUACAUAAAGCACUUGGAUCAGAAGUCUCAAACUCGGCAUCCUUGAGCUUUCAUGUCUACGCUGAGAGGCUCAGGGAAAUCUUCUGUACUUUCCCCUAACCUUCCCUGUGGGCAGUGCAAUGGUAAUUUAUUAUGAUGCCUAAAGAGAGAUGUUUUUAAUAAUUUAAAACAUAGACUUGCUUGAGUAAUAUUUAAUGAUAUUUAAGUUAUAUUUGGGACAAAUAAACAAUUUAAUUUACAAA